GUCUGAGGAGGUACACUCUCCUCUCCUCCUGAGUGCUGUGUGGGUCGGUGGGACAGCUUUUCCAUCCUCCAGGCCAGUGAUGCAGGCAUCACCACAACGCUGGGCCUUCAGGCUGCUCCCUCUCCUCCUGGCCUCUCGCCUGCUUGCCGUUACCGGGAGUAUUGUCACAGCUGAAGAGGAGCUGGAGAAAGAGAGGGACCCAGCCUAUUGGAAUGCUCAGGCCAAGGAGACACUCCAAGCCGCGCUGAGACUCCGCCCCCGAAUGCACCGCGCCAAGAACAUCAUCCUCUUCCUGGGGGACGGAAUGGGUGUGUCCACUGUGUCUGCGGCUCGCAUCCUGAGGGGCCAGAUGGAAGGAAGGUCGGGAGAGGAGACAGUGCUCGCCAUGGAUGCCUUUCCGUACGUCGCGCUCUCUAAGACAUACAGUGUUGAUAAGCAGGUAGCAGACAGCGCUAGCACAGCUACAGCGUACCACUGUGGAGUGAAGGCUAACGCUAAGACAGUGGGCCUUAGCGCCAAUGCAGUGGCCCACGAGUGCAACACCACGUUUGGGAAUGAAGUGUACUCCGUGCUACAUCGCGCCAAAGCACAAGGGAAGUCAGUGGGCAUCGUGACCACCACUCGUGUACAGCAUGCCUCUCCUGCUGCCGCCUAUGCCCACUCAGUGAGCCGCAGCUGGUACAGCGAUGCUGACAUUCCCUCUAGUGCCCGCCGACAGGGCUGUGUUGAUAUUGCCACACAGCUGGUGACCAACGUUGACAUUGAUGUUAUCCUGGGUGGGGGGCGGAUGUAUAUGACACCAAAGGGAACUCCAGACCCUGAGUACCCCACUUCCUCGUCCCGGAAAGGGGAUCGGAAAGAUAAGAGGAACCUCAUUGACGUCUGGAUGAAGGCCCAGCAGCACAAGAGUUCCCAGUAUGUUUGGCACAGGAAGCAGUUUGACGAGAUUAAUGUAAAGACUACUGACCGUCUCCUGGGUCUCUUUGAGCCAAAGGACAUGCGGUUUGAGGUUUUCCGGAAUGCCUCACGUGACCCGUCCAUCGUCGAGAUGACAGAGAAAGCCAUUCAGAUCCUCAGCAAGAACCCCAAAGGCUACUUCCUCUUUGUAGAAGGAGGGAGAAUUGACCAUGGGCACCAUGAUGGCGUUGCCAAGCUGGCGCUGACUGAGGCUGUGAUGUUUGACCGGGCGGUGCAACGAGCCUCCCGGCUCACCAGAGAAUCAGACACCCUCACUGUCGUAACCGCAGACCACUCCCACGUCUUCACCUUCGGAGGAAACACCCCCCGCGGAAACCCCAUUUUUGGUUUGGCACACAAGAAGGCAGAUGAUAGGAUGCCAUUCACUAGCAUCCUGUAUGCCAACGGUCCUGGUUAUGUACAUGUGAAUGGAACGAGAGGAAACAUCACAUUGGUGGAUUACUACGAUGAAGAGUACAUGCAGCAGGCUGCAGUCCCUCUGGACUCUGAGACCCACGGCGGGGAGGACGUGGCCAUCUACGCCAAAGGCCCCAUGGCCCACCUCUUUCACGGGGUCAAAGAGCAGAACUAUAUCGCCCACGCCAUGGCCUACGCAGCCUGCAUCCCACCCUACACGGACUGCCCACCACAUCCGCCCGCCUCAACUGGACACACACACACCCUCUCUGGGCUGCUUCUCUGUCUGGCUAGCCUCCUCUGGAUCCUGUUCAGAUGACGACACACAAUCCGACCAUCAUGGGUACAGUGUCCAUAUUAGGACAGUUACCGGUCCAUAAAAGUUGUGCCGGAGAUGGUGGAAACGGGAUAGUUCUAGGUUGUCUAUUUUGGAGAAGUGUCUAGAUUGCUACGUCAUAUUGCACUGCAGCAAUUUCUAACCAUCCUCAUAAGGUUCUAAAUGGAACAUGUAAGGUGCUAUAAAGAUAAUUUUCUUAAGGUUCUAUGAAGAACCGUUAAGAAAGAUUCUACAUAGCACCAAAACAGGGUUCUGCUAUGCUUAUACAACCCUGUUUGGGACUAUAAAGAACCAUUAAGAAAGAUUCUACAUAGCACCAAAACAGGGUUCCGCUAUGCUUAUACAACCCUGUUUGGGACUAUAAAGAACCGUUAAGAAAGAUUCUACAUAGCACCAAAACAGGGUUCCGCUAUGCUUAUACAACCCUGUUUGGGACUAUAAAGAACCCUUUUUUAUGGUUCUUUAUAGAACCUUUAUGGAGAAUGGUUCUAUAACUAACCUUUCACAAUCCGAAAGGUUCUUUGUAGAUCCUUUUGAAGAAACAUAAAGGGUAUUUUAAUCUGGCCAGCCAUAUUAUAUUGUUAAAAUUCCAUCUGUGUAAUUUUUGUGUAACUUGACAAGUAGAAUCAAGUGAGCUACCUCUGGAACAACCGGGAGUAGUCAACCGUUCACAAUUGACACAAGGUCAUACGCGAGUCUUUCACAAGACACCGUCACUGGCCACAGUCAUAUAUAAUAUGUAACGGAAUAACAUGACACAUUAGAUCAACUGGAAUUACACUCUUACUCACGGUUGCACAAAAACAGCUAUGACUAAAACCACGGUCCAAAAUAUUCACCAGCCACUAAAAGAGCUAUGACUAAAACCACGGUCCAAAAUAUUCACCAGCCACUAAAAGAGCUAUGACUAAAACCACGGUCCAAAAUAUUCACCAGCCACUAAAAGAGCUAUGACUAAAACCACGGUCCAAAAUAUUCACCAGCCACUAAAAGAGCUAUGACUAAAACCACGGUCCAAAAUAUUCACACAAGCCACUAAAAGAGCAAAGAAUCCUGUAAAGAACCAUUGAAGAGCUCAAAGGGUUAUUGGAGUCAUUACGGUUCCACUUAUAACCAUCACAAAUCCCAAAGAACCCCUUGAGGAACCCUCAUGUUUUAGUGUGUACACUAUUAAUGUGGUUUGUAGUGAAACUGGAAAACAGGAAACCUGGAAUGUCACCCAGAUGUAUUUCCUAGUAGAAGUAGGCCUUACUAUAAGCUCCAAAGAGAUGGGGUCUGUAUAUUUGAUUUGCAAUCACUAUAGCUGGACGAAGACAAUAAGAUGACUGGUAACUAAAGAAGAUGUAGUGGCUUAAGUAGUAUGGUCACGUAUCUAAAUUGUUACUAUGGCAAUUUAAAAUGGAGCUGACCAUAGCUCAAAUAAACCUAAAUACUAAAUAUAGAGAUGUUUUUAUGUUAAAUACACAUGUUUAGUAUUAAAUACAUGUCUUUGCUUCGAUGUAUUUCCUAAAGUGUUUCCAUUCCCCUUUAAGCAGUAUGGUCAGGUAUCCCAGACACAGGUCAAGCCUGGGCGUCCCGCUAGAGGGACAACUUCCGGUGAAACUGAAGGGCGCGCAAUUCAAAUAAAUAAUCAUACAAAUGAUGGAUAUUUAACAUUGAGGUACAUACAAGUGUCUUCUAUCGGUUGAAAGCUUCAAUUCUCGUUAAUGUAACUGCACUGUCUGAUUUACAUUUGGGCUUUACAGUGAAAACAUGCCAUGUGAUUGGUUGAGGACGGGGUCCCACAUCAAAAUAUUUGUCCACCGGCACAGGUUUCAUACAUUCACAAAUAGCGAUGAAAUAUUCACUUACUUUUUGAAAAUCUUCCUCUGAUUUGUCAUCCAAAGGGUCCCAGCAGGUACGUCACUAGAGAUUCAUGGAUAGGGGGGCUAAGCCUCUUUUAGGGGGGUCUGGGCACACUCCCCUAGGAUUUGUUUUUAAGCCCCCAAAAUCAUCAUGUAUUUUUAGAGUAACAACGGGUGUAAAAUCAAUCAAAUAAAUGUUAUUUUUGGUUGGGUAAAAGUAUACCUGUCUCAUAGUUUGUGUUAGACACUGAUCUAAUAUGACUUACUUAAAUUCUAACCAAAUAAAGAAAUUAAAGUCCACUCUGUCCCCAUCCAUCCAACACCAACAAAAGGCACAAACAUUGCUAGCCAGAAUACUAGCCAAAAUACUUUCUGGGUGUUAUUUUGAGAGAGAGAGAGAAAUGUGAAGACUUGCAGGUCAUAUUAUACCAUUAGAAGAAAAUCCAGGACUGCAUUUAUGGACCUCAGCUGGCAUGCCCAGCCAGUGUUUGAGAGCUGUACAAGUUCAGCUGAUGCUAUUCCAAGUUUGGACUGAGCUUCUUUGACCUUGUGGUGGUUAACUAGGGAUGUACUGAAAAACGAAUACACGUUCUCCAAGAAACUGAAAAACUCAGCAGCCUCUGAAAUAGCCCUGCAAGUAUGACACAACACCAAAUGAAUCUCAUGAGCUUUUACACCUGCAUUGUUUGCUGUUUGGGGUUUUAGGCUGGGUUUCUGUACAGCACUUUGAGAUAUCAGCUGAUGUACGAAGGGCUAUAUAAAUAAAUUUGAUUUGAUUUGAUUUGA